GCCGCGGAGGCGGCGCCGGGCGCGGCGCAGAGCGAGCGGAGGAUGCUGCGGGCGGGGGCCGCCGCCAGUCCCGGUCCCGGCCCCCGUCCCGGUCCCGGGCGGGAGCACUCCCCUCCGCCACCAGCCCGCUGAGCCCCGGCCCGGCCAUGGGGGCUCUGACCAGCCGGCAGAACGCAGGGGUGGAGGAAGUGGAUAUCCCCGCUAAUUCCGUCUACAGAUACCCCCCGAAAUCCGGGAGUUACUUUGCCAACCACUUCAUCAUGGGCGGGGAGAAGUUCGACUCCACGCACCCCGAGGGGUACCUCUUCGGCGAGAACAGUGACCUCAACUUCCUGGGGAACCGGCCCGUGGUGUUCCCUUACGCUGCUCCACCUCCUCAGGAACCCGUGAAGACCCUCAGGAGCUUAAUCAAUAUCCGCAAGGACACCCUGCGCCUGGUGAAGUGCUCAGAGGAGGUGAAGACCCCAGGGGAAGAAGUGAGCAAAGCCAAGGUGCACUACAACGUGGAGUUCACCUUCGACACCGACGCCCGCGUGGCCAUAACCAUCUACUACCAGGCAACCGAGGAGUUUCACAAUGGGGUGGCGAGCUACACCCCCAGGGACAACAGCCUGCAGUCGGAGACGGUGCACUACAAGCGGGGGGUGUGCCAGCAGUUCUGUGUGCCCUCCCACACCAUCGACCCCUCCGAGUGGAGCGAGGAGGAGCUGGGCUUUGACCUGGACCGCGAGGUUUAUCCCAUGGUGGUGCAGGCAGUGGUGGAUGAAGGAGAGGAGCACAGUGGGCACUGCCACGUGCUGCUGGCCACCUUUGAGAAGCACAGUGAUGGCACCUUCUGCGUGAAGCCCCUCAAGCAGAAGCAAGUGGUGGAUGGCGUGAGCUACCUCCUGCAGGAGAUCUACGGCAUCGAGAACAAGUACAACACACAGGACUCCAAGGUGGCCGAGGAUGAGGUGAGCGAUAACAGCGCCGAGUGUGUGGUUUGCCUGUCGGACGUCCGGGACACGCUGAUCCUGCCCUGCCGCCACCUGUGCCUGUGCAACACCUGCGCCGACACCCUGCGCUACCAGGCCAACAACUGCCCCAUCUGCAGGCUGCCUUUCCGAGCCUUGCUUCAAAUCCGAGCCAUGAGGAAGAAGCUGGGCCCGCUGUCGCCCACCAGCUUCAACCCCAUCAUCGCCUCGCAGACCUCCGACUCCGAGGAGCACUCGUCCUCGGAGAACAUCCCCCCGGGUUACGAGGUGGUGUCACUGCUGGAGGCUCUCAAUGGGCCGCUGACGCCGUCGCCGGCCGCGCUGCCCCUGCGAGCGCUGGGGGAUCCCCCGGGCGUGGGGACCCUGCCCUCGUACGGCAGCGAUGGCCCCCUGCCCCCCCUGAGGGCCCUGUCACCCCUGGAGCGCCUGCCUGACUGCGGCCCCCCGGGGCUCAAGCUGAAGAAGAGCAUCUCCAAGUCCAUCUCGCAGAACUCCUCCAUCCUGCCCGAAGAGGAGGAUGAGAAGUCGUGCACCGAGUCAGAGCUGAGGGUAUCCAGGAGGAGAUCCCCAGCCCGGCAUGAGGAGGAAUGUGGUGCGACACCAGAGAGUGAAAAUAUCACCCUGUCAUCAUCAGGAGCCAUUGACCAGUCCUCGUGCACUGGGACACCCCUCUCCUCCACCAUCUCGUCCCCAGAAGAGCCCGUGAGCAGCAGCCUGGCUCAGUCCGUCAUGUCCAUGGCCUCCUCCCAGAGCCAGCACUCCCAGCUCAGCACCGACACCGUGUCCUCCAUGUCUGGCUCCUACAUCGCCCCUGGCACAGAGGAGGAGGAGGAAGAGGAGGAGGAGGAGGAGGAGGACGUGCUCCCCUCACCUGCGGCCGCAAGUGGCACAGCCUCUGAUGGAGAGUCAACACCUGUGGAGUCCCCAGAUGUAAAUUUUGUCAGCAUCUCUGCCGAGGAGCGUGAUGCCGAGGGCAACGAUGUGCUGGAGGACGAGGACGCCUCUCCCACACAGGAAGAUGGCCCGAGGACAGGCGCUUUCCUCGGUCUGAGGUGUGACAAUAACAAUGACAUGGGCAUCGCACACGUGAAAGCGCUGGACAAUAAACUGUGCUCUGAGGCCUGCUUACCUGGCCCAGAGGCAGCCAACAACAACGUGGGGCUGCAGCAGACCUGGCCCCGCUGCCCCCCCGGCUCCCGGGACCCGGAGCAGGCACCGUGGGCCCUGCCCGUGUGAGGGCUCAGCCUCGGUGGGGGCACAGACCCCCCUGCCCACCCAGAGGGUGUCUGGGCACCGUGGGCAUCGCCACCUCCACCCCUCGGCUGUACCAGGACUGAUUUUCAAAAGAAAAGACGGUAACCUCGACUUUUCUGUGGGGGCUGAAAGCCAUGUCACUUUGGAGCCCCCCAUUAGCACCUUCCCAUUCCCCAGCCCUAACGGGGACGGGCUGGGGUCCCCUCCUGCCCCCCCGGUCACCUUACACCCCCAGGCUCCUCUCCUCCAAUGUGUGGAGCAGAUGGGACAGGGUCACCUCACUGAGGGGGUUCUGGGAUGUGGGUGGGUGGGGACAGUGGGAGGAUGAUGUUCAGGGGUGUGGGUUCAAGGGUGAGUGUUGGGGUUGGAAUCCUUGGUGCAUGAGCUGGUGACUCUCAUGGGGGGCCGGCCCCCCCCAGGUUUGCUGGCUCGUGCCCCUGCCCUGCCGUGUGCUGUCCCCAUGCCAUGGGAUGUCCCCAUUGAUGCACUGGCAGUAGUGGUGCCCUCAUAGCUCCCCCUCCUCCUGCUCUCCCUCUGAGCAGCACCUGGGCUCCUGGGCCUGGCCCUGAGGUUGCUUUUCCCCAGGGCAUGCAGUAGGGUGGCAGGGGUGGGCAGGAGCCCUGGUACCACCCCCCAGCCCUGCCAGCCUGCUCCUGGGGCAUUGAUAAUUUAUCCUCUCUGUCUUCCGCCCUGCUGUGAGCUCAGGGCUCUGGAACAAGUGCCAAAAGUGUCACCCCCAUCCCACCCGUCCUGCCCUCCCAUAACACUUUGUAGCAAGGGGUGGAUGAGGGUGUGGAGCCCAUCCCUCUGACCAGCACUGGGCUGGCAGUGUAAGUGGAUUUUGCUCCAAGGGCAGAUACACAGGGAUAGUAAAGGAAGAGGGAUAAAGCCACAGACCCUGGGGGCCUGGUGGGGCCACUGGCAGAGGCCACGCUCUACUCCAGAGAGCAUCAGGACAGUCAGAAAUCGCUUGGAAAUCACAUCAGACCCUGCAUCCCAAUCUAUUGAGCUCUGGAGCUGUUUGGGGCAGCCCAGGGUGGGAAGCUGAGCCUUCCUUUUCGCCACCUGUUUUUGUCACAUGGCUGUGGCAGCAAAGCCUCCUCUUUGCAAAGCCACCUUAGAACAGAGGUGUUCAUGCACUGAAAGCAGUGUCCCUGGAGGGGUAUUUGUGAGAAGCAGGUUCCCAGUGCCAUCCCCAUGGCAGAGCAUGGGCUGUGCUGGGGAUGGCUGUGGCUCCUAAAGAGGGAUGAAGCCCUUUUUGGGGCUGGGGGGUAUUUUCUCUGCCUGGCUCUCAGCCAGGGCCACGGUAGCUGCUUGUUCUGCGGCCCCAGUGCGGGUCCUGCCAGAGGUGGGUUUGGAGGCAGCCGUCCCUCUCUCCUCUGGGCUGGCUGUCUCCUCUGUGCUCAACAGCUCCCAAAUUCCUCCCUGGGAACCCAGGGCUGGCUGCUUGAUCUCCAAAAUGCCAUCCUGUGGCAUGUGAGGUGGGAGCUGCAAACAGCAGGGAGGGAUGAAGUGGUGGGGACAAGUCUUGUGCCCCAUUUGGGGAUGCACUGGGUGUCCCAGCCCCAGGGAGCCACAGCACCUCACAGGGAGAGCUUUGGAGGUUCACCAUCGUGCUAAGCUAAGAAAAUCAUGGCAGCCAUCUCUUCCCUAAGUCUCCAGCAAGGGCAGGGGAGAGAAAAUUGGGCUGAUGCUCCAGGGGCAUCUCAUCUACCACAGCCCAGCCUUCCUCAUGGUUUUGAAGGGGACAAAGACAGCUGGCCUGGCACCCUGGCACAGGGCGCAACGGUGCUUGUGGCUGCCAGCAGAACGAGGAGGACUUAGGAGUGACCCUGAGGGUUUCCUGGCUUCUCUGAGCGGUGUCCCCAAGGCUGCAGGAGCAGCCAGACAAGCUCACGAGGCGGACGCAGACCCGGGGUGGCUGUGGGUGAGCGCUACCCCUCGCUCAGAGCGACCGUGGCCGCGAUGGAGAGGAGCCCAGAGGAUGCUGUGGCUGAGCAGCGCUGCUGCCUGGCUGUGAGCAAAGAAUCCAUCCUCUGGGUGGCACAGGAGAGACGGGAUUUGGGCAUGAGUGACACCAGUGCCGUCCUUGGCCACCCAGAAGGGAUAAGGGGCAGGCAGGAGCUGCCAGCACAGCGUGGGGUGAAAGGUGACAGCCCCUUGUGUCCCUCUUGUUCCAGUGACCCACGUGUCAGGGAUUUAAGGAAGGAAACCAGAUUGCUGCUUAUGAUUUUGCUUUGAGCAUGUUUUGGAUUUUAAGAGUAUGUUUAAUAAAGGGUAUCUUAUGUCGA